AUGGAGAGUCAAACUGUGAAGGCAAGAGUUAGGAGUACAGCUCAGCCUGACAGUUUCCAGUCACAAAGGUCACUUUCUCGGGCAGCUUACUUGCGUGAGAAGCCAUCCAAGAGGCAUGUACCAUACCCUCCCAGGCCAUCUCCACUGGAGCUUCGGUUCGCAAACCGUGUGACAGGACGAGUACGCCAACCUGACUUUACAACUGAACAACUGCAAGAGCACGAGGAUGCAAUAUCCAGUGGCCUCUCACAGAUGAGCUUUGGUACAUUGUACAAAGUGUUCAAGGCAGUACUUGCUGGUCGUGAGGCUGCUUGCCAUGAAGUAGCCACAUCGUUAUGGCAGGUUGAAGCCUCAGAGCGCAUGAGCGCAUUCAAUCAGGCGCUUCACCAGGAGAACAAAACCCGGCUUUUUUUGAAGGACGAACAGCUGAAGAAGAUUAGGAACAUUUUUUCCGAGCGUGACCGCACAGAAAUCGAAGAUGAUACGAAUUACAAUCAAGCCGUCUACAAUGAUGAAUGCGAGAUACUUCGCGCCAUCACCACCCAAGCAGAGAUAAUCUCAAACCACCUGGGCUCCAGUGCCAGACGUGAAUUAUUAGCAUCUACCGGCGAAACUACGUACCUCCCUCGUUUUGUUGGUACUCUGAAAAAUAAGGACAGUAUCACACGUGCACUGGGGGGUGGUUGUACGGAGGCCAGUGUCAUCACCGAUACCGACACCGAUAUGGAUUCUGGUGAAGAUGAUGCUUCAGUCAGGCAGCCCGGCCAGCAGGACUGA